ACAUAUGCAUUUUUCUCUCUCCUCCCAUAUCCUCCUUCCUCAUCUCAGCGGCGCCAAGUUACAGCACUCCCUCACAUCUUACCCCUUUUUUAUUUUUUAUUUUUUUUUCUUUUAUUUUUCUUUAAAAUCCCCUUUUUUAAUUUUUUUAUAAAAAAAAGAAGAAGUAAUUUUAAGGGGGGAACGAUCUCUAAAAUUGAAAUCUAAAUCUACAACAAACACAACACAAAAUGGCAUUUCACGUAGCUUGUCCAAUUACAUGUCGCCGAAUCUGUUUCUGCACUCUAGGGUUUCCUCGCGCUCUCAAUCUACCUAACCCUACCAAUGGCUUUCUCCAUGACGUUGACGAGCUUCGCGAUUUCCUCGCCGACACGCGCAGGGACGACACCACCGUCCAGGUCGCCGUUCCCAAGGUUGUGCCGCCGCCUCCUCCUCCGCCCGAUGGUGUUCCCGUUGGCGGUGACGCUUUGGAUGAGUCCGCAUCUAUGAAGGCAAAGCGCGUCGCACUCCAGCGGAAGGGCGCCGCCGCUAUGAUUGCUGCCGAGGAGUACGCUCGCCGGUUUGAGUCCGGUGAUGUGGCGGAUACAUCAGGAAAUCUUACUGGAGAAGAACAGGGUCAAUCCAAUGUUAAAGUCUUUUGUCGAAUGUGCAAUCGUGUUGAAAACGAAGGAAGUGAGAGAGCAAAAAAGAUGCUAUCAUGCAAAAGUUGUGGUAAGAAAUACCAUAGGAACUGCUUGAGAAGUUGGGCUCAACAUAGAGAUUUAUUUCAUUGGAGUUCGUGGACCUGUCGUGCUUGCCGAAUUUGUGAGGCUUGCAGAAGGACUGGUGAUCCAAGUAAGUUCAUGUUUUGCAAAAGAUGCGAUGGUGCUUACCAUUGUUAUUGUCUGCAACCUCCUCAUAAGAACGUGAGUACUGGGCCCUAUUUGUGCCCAAAACACACAAGGUGUCACAGUUGCGGAUCCAAUGUCCCGGGAAAUGGACUAAGUGUGAGGUGGUUUCUGGGAUACACCUGCUGUGAUGCUUGUGGAAGAUUGUUUGUGAAAGGGAACUACUGUCCUGUUUGCUUGAAGGUUUACAGAGAUUCAGAAUCAACACCAAUGGUUUGCUGUGAUAUUUGCCAGCGCUGGGUACACUGCCAGUGUGAUAAUAUUAGUGAAGAAAAAUAUCUCCAUUUUCAAGUGGACGGGAAUCUGCAGUAUAAAUGUCCCACAUGUCGUGGAGAAUGUUAUCAGGUCAAGGGUCUUGAGGAUGCUGUUCAAGAGCUUUGGAGGAGAAGGAAUAUUGCUGAUAAAGAUUUAAUUGCCAGCUUGAGGGCUGCAGCUGGUUUGCCAACUCAAGAAGAAAUAUUUUCUAUUUCACCAUAUUCAGAUGAUGAGGAUAGUGGGCCUUUGAAAUUAAAGAGUGAAUCUGUGCGUUCUUUCAAGUUCUCUCUAAAGAAUUUGUCCAAUAACUCACCAAAGAAGAUGAAAGAUUAUGGAAAGAAAUCUUCAAGCAAAAAGACUGCUAAGAAAAAAGACUCUCCGUCAUUUAUGACUGGUAAAAUUGUUGAACACCAUAGUUUUGAAGGACAGAGUGAUAUUAAAUCUUUACAUAGCUUGGAUGAUGAUAAGAAUGAUGAUAUACAAUCCCAGAGAAAUGAAGGUCCUGAUGUUUAUUCAUCACCUGCUACUGGAAGCCUGAGUCAAACUGAAGUAUCUUGCCCUGUUAAUCAGCCAGGGAUUUUGAAACAUAAGUUUGUUGAUGAGGUGAUGGUCAGUGAUGAAGAGAGGAAACCCAGAGUUGUUCGUAUUAAAAGCAAUAAGGCACAUAUUCUGGAUAGUGAAGAAGAGAGUGCAAAACGUGGUGAUAAGACUCAGAGUGUGAAAGGGAAGAAGUUGGUUAUAAAUUUGGGAGCACGGAAAAUUAAUGUGGCUAGUUCUCCGCGGUCUGACGCUUCAAGCUGCCAAAGAGAUCAAGAUCUGGUUACUGUUAAUGGAAAUGAGGAUAUAAGCCAAUUGAGGAAGGGAGACAAGUUUGCAUUAGAUAGACCCGGUAGUACAGCUAGACAUAUUGAGAGUAAAGCAAACAGAGUCGAGUCUGGCCAACCAAAACCUUUAAAGGUUUCGGGAAGAGAAGGAAAUUUGAUUAAGCUGGGAAAAGUUAAGCCAGAUGUUUCUGAAUUAAACUUGACCUCUGGUAAAGGCAACUUGUCUGAUGGGCGUGAAGUUGUUCCUUUAGAGCAAACUCGUAUCCUGCGGGGAAAACGUAGUACUGAUGUAGUAAUUGAUCAAGUUGGAGUAGAGGCUACAUCAAGAGGUGAAAGGACGUAUUUGGGGAAGCAGUCAGAAGGCAGCUCUGAUGCAUAUGAUGAGACAGAUGUCAAUAAUAAUCAGACACCUUCACAUUCUUUGCCAAAAGAUUCUAAACCUUUACUGAGAUUUAAAUUCAAGAAACCUAGCAUUGAAAGUCAAAAUUCUCCUCUUCAAGAGGAGGAGAAGACCACAAUCAAGGGCCAGAGGUCAAAAAGAAAGAGACCUUCACCUUUUAAGGAGAAAAAACCGUUUAAUGAGUCUGAAGAUGUAAGUCAAUCACAUCAAGACAGUGUAAUGGAUGAGAUCAUGGACGCAAACUGGAUAUUGAUGAAAUUGGGCAAUGAUGCAAUUGGAAAGAGAGUUGAAGUUCAUCAGACAUCUGACAAUUCUUGGCACAAGGGAGUGGUUACUGACAUAGUUGAAGGCACUUCGAAGUUAAAUGUUACCUUAGAUGAUGGCAAGGUGAAGAUCUUGGAACUCAGGAAGCAGGGGGUCCGUUUUGUUCCUCAAAAGCAGAAGAGGUCAAAGACAUGAACUGAACUUAUCCAUCUUUGGUGAUCAUUUUAUGUGGAGACUUUGUUCCUUGACUUUGAAAAUUGUUUCAUUUGAGGCCUCUACUUACUGAAUUUACAUUCCUAGCUGCUCAUAUUGCUGCUGAUUUUUGGGUGAAGCAUUCUCGAUUGGAGCAAUUCCAGUUUUCUUGAACGAAUUAACCGCAGUACUUUUCUGGGCUGCAGGUUCUUGAUCGCAAAUUAGAUUUUUCUUGUUUUUCUACAUGUAUCUGAUUUCACAAAGUAGAUUUCUACCUGUGAUGUAUAGGUCACCAUUGCUGUAGAAUAGGGAAGCAAGGGCGGAAGGUAUUAGAUGUAUGAUUGAUGCUACUUGUAGUUUUGUGUAUUGCAGGAUUCAUUAAUUGAGAAUAUUAUCUUGAAAGUUGAAAUUUCUGUAAUGUUGUCAAGGACA